AUGUCCUGCUGUGUCCCCAGCUGCGGCGUGGCCACCCCGGCCCCUCUGGCUGACACCUCCAACGAGCCCUGCGUGCGCCAGUGCCCUGACUCCACGGUGGUCAUCCAGCCCCCGGCCACGGUGGUCACCUUCCCCGGGCCCAUCCUCAGCUCCUUCCCGCAGCGGAGCGCCGUGGGCUCGGCCGGAGCUCCCUACGUGGGAACCGGCUCCGGGGGCGCCUUUGGAAGCCGUGGGGGCUCCGGCGGCCUUGGGGGAUUCGGAGGUUUUGGGGGCAGCUGCGGCGUCCCCAGAGGCUGCGGGCCCUGCUAA